GAGCGGUUCAAUUCGACGCGAAACGUGUGCGCUUUUGGUUUGACGGCGACAGCAGCCGAAACGGGAAUAUUUUUCAACCGCACUAACAGUAAUGCAAUUAUAAAUUUGAAGGCGCUUUUUACCAAGUGAACUAAUUGUUGAGACUCGGUUCAAGUUUACACAAGUGAAGUGAAACAUUCUGCAAAUCACGUACAAGAACGCAGCUCACGAGCAAAGCGACAAAUAAAAAUUCAAUUUAUUGACAAUUUCGCAACUUGCAGCGUGCGUUUUCUCACGCUGGUUGCGCCACAUCUAGAUGCACGUGUUCUGUAAAAAUACAAAAAAAAAUUUGCAUACUCGACUCCUUGAGCGCUGGUGUGGCGUUUAAUUAUUCAUAAACUCACAUAUUUUGGAAACGUGACACGCGGACUUGAGGACAGCACAGCGCAUGCGCAGCGCACAUCCUUUGAAAGUGAACGUGAGUGUGUGGAAAGACCUUGCCGAAAAUCGUGUUGAAAUUGAAAACACAUUUUUAAAUUCAUAAAACGUUAAGUGGCGCAGGGAACUUGAGCAAGUGACACGAUAACUUAUAAAUUGCACGAAUUAAAUAAGUAAACAAAUAAUUCACAAACAAAUAAGAAAAGAAAGAAGUGAGUGACAGCUGAAGUACGCUGAAGUUGACGAAAUCGAAAGCAACAACAGCCCACUAAACUGAAGCGAUCGGAGUGCUGCAAUAUGGAUGCGAAGUUACUAAUCGCGCUGGUAAUAGCCAGCAACUGUUACUCCAGCUGUGGCGCAGCUUUGCGGCGCACGCCAAAAGUCUACAAUGCACUCAUUACAACCGACGAUAAUCUGACUUCCAGCCGCGCCUAUCCCGUCAUACAGCCGACAAUACACGAGAGCGGUGUGGCGCACUAUCCCUUCGGGCCAUAUAAUCCGUAUGGUUAUUACUCGCCACCGGUGGUGCGUUUCGGACAACCUAUCGUGCCGGGUUUGCCACCAAGUCCACAGUAUCCUUAUCCAAUACCACAACAACGCUUCCCACCGCAGUUUAUGCCUCAGCCGCCACCAAACAGUGGACCACAGCUGCUGCCCACACCCAGUGAGGCUGCGCAACAGCCGCCGCCACAAGAUGGUUCGCCAGUAGAAGAUGCAGCGCCCACAGCAACACCACCAACCGAAGAGCAACAACCAGUGCAGCCACCAACUCAGCCACCGCCACCGAAAAGUCCCACUUUUAUGCCGCCAUUCGAACCGAAUCCACCCAAGCAGAUGCCUAACGAGAAAUUGCCCAUACCUUUGAACGAAUAUGGCUUGCCACCAUCGCUUAUACCGCUGCAGCAAUACCCAAAUCGUAAUCCCCAGAAUCCGGUAGCACUUCCGCCAUAUGCUUUCAAUCAGUAUCCGGUCAUCUAUGAUCCCAUCACUGGUUAUCGUGAACAAUAUCUACCGCCAUAUCAAUAUUUCCCCAGUCAGCAUCAACAUUUUGCUCUUGGUGGUGUGCCUAAACCACCAUUUCCACAACCACCAACAGCUGCAUCCAUUGGACCAGCAGUCACCCCGCCACCACCACCACCGCAGUAUCCAACACCAACUCAGCCCGAGGAAGCAGCAGCGAGUGAGCCGGAACCACAGCCGGCAGAUCCACCACAGACGCCGCCACCAACUGUCGACUUUGACAGCAUAAAGAAUGCGUCGAAGAGCAAGAACAGCGCUGUGCCGGACGUGCCGCCCCCACCAAUACCAUCAGGCGGCAAGCCGCAGAAAUCCUAACAUGGAAUGUGAAGAAAUGAUUCCGCUUUACUUAAGGCUUAAAGUUCACUAAUCGCAUUUUAAACAAUUAGGAAAAUUCUUAUAAGUUAUUAUUGGUUAAUAAAUACUCGAAUUAAUUUAAUUUAUUGUUAACGAAAUUUUUAGUAAGAAAAUUUUGUAUUUUUGCAUUUAAUUCUUAUUUUCGUACAUCAAUAUUAUAUUGGAUAUAUUGUAGUCAUUAAAACAUUAAUUUGUCAUAAAUA